CCAAAUCUCAGCCACUGCGCUCUCUCUCUCUCUCUCUCUCACACAUUCGGUGAUAUACAUGAUACAGUUUAAUUCCUCGAAUGUUCCCUAUAAACCCUAGUUCAAUCUUAUCCGCCUCAAAACCCCCCUUCCUCUCCCUCAGCAUUCUCUCUCCUCCGCCUUCCACCACCACCAUCCUCUGUCGAGCCGCGGCGGAUCCUCCGGUGGGCCCCUCAUUUCCGCGUUGGUGGUUCAGCUUCCCGGCAGCCGCGGACGCCGCCUCUAGCAGCGGCGCAAUCGGCCAAACCUCCGACGGUUCCGCCGCGGCUGAGAGGCGAAUUGCGAGUAACAAGAACACUAAGAUCAAUGCGAGAGAGAAGAGGUGGUCACGUGACCGUGAGAGCUACUUGGGUGACGAUGCUGACGCUCUUCCACUUCCCAUGACUUACCCAGACACAUCUCCGGUGUCGCCUGACGAGAUUGACCAGCGCCUCCGUUGUGACCCCAAAAUUGAGGAUUGUUACGACGUUGUGUAUGAAUGGACUGGAAAGUGUCGGAGUUGCCAAGGGUCAGGAUUUGUCAGUUACUAUAAUAAAAGAGGGAAGGAAAUUACCUGCAAAUGCAUACCCUGCCUUGGAAUUGGAUAUGUGCAGAAGAUAACAACACGAACAGAUAUUGAUGUCAUGGAGGAUUUGGAUAAUGGGAAACCACCUUGACACAAUUAACCAUGAAUAUUUUUUCCAACCCGGGAAUAUUAUUGUUACAACUUCGAUGAGCUCAUCUGCGUAUUAAUCCAUGCAGAAUUGUUGUAAUUCUUAAGCAACUCUUCGUUGCAUUUUUUUUACUUAAUUUUGUUGCACUUAAACAAAAGGAUGAUUCUCUUAUAUUUUGUUUUGUUGUUGAUGAGUGACAACAAAAGGAGAUGUUGGAGGAUCGAAUCAAGGGAAUUCGUUGUACCCCGUAAGACUCAAGAAUAUAUUACUUUCUGUUAUUACUUUUCAUGUCUGCCAUCAUCCUCACCUUUCUUCGAACGUUGGUUGCGUAGUGGUGUUCAAGUUGUUGAGGAAUAAUAUUAUUCUGGUUUAUCCUUGUGCUUUCAGGGUAAUACAUCUUUUAUGCUUUCAUGGUGAUAAAUCUCAUUCCACCAAGUUAAUAAUCAAGGGUUGAUGUACUUUUAAAUCUCGUUCUUGUAAGUUUUUCUCUCUUCACAAAGUCCUAGCAGAAGAUGUCAAAUUUGAGUUUUCUGGCUAUCCAGUGAAACUGUCAAAGAGGUAGCUCCUGCAGAAAUCAUCCCGAUUGUUUUCAUCUAGAAACUAUCGGAACUCUGGCUUAUUGCCUGUGUUUUUGGUACUGUGAUAAAGAGUA